UACAUAUGCUUCGUGACGCCGAGGAAAACAAACAAAGCAGUUGGGCGAAGGGUGAGAGAGAAGAUAGUGAAGCUUCUCGAGUGGUUGGCGAUAAUGGCGACGGCUCUCCUAUUUCCUCCUCCUCCCUCUCCCGCUUCUCUGCGGAGCAAGGGAAACCCUAGAUUCUGUCUCUUCUCUUCGAUUCGUGUUUCCUCGGAGCUCAACAAUCCCAAGAAAUUCAGAAGCAGGGCCGUCGGAGAGAAGACCGGAGAGGUCAGCAAGAACACUUCGUCAUCAUCGUCUUCUUCUUCGGCGGAGGAGAUCACGAAGAAGUAUGGGCUUGAAGUUGGUCUUUGGAAGAUAUUCAGCUCCAAGGAUGGAGGAGGAGACGGAGAGAAUAAGAAGAAGAAAUCAAAGACAGACGAAGCCAAGGAGCUGCUCGCUAAGUAUGGAGGUGCCUACUUAGCCACAUCCAUUACUCUCUCAUUGAUCUCAUUCUCUCUGUGUUAUGCCCUCAUCAGUGCCGGUAUCGACGUUCCAUCUCUUCUUCAAAAGGUCGGGAUCUCAACCAAUGAGGCUGGAGAGAAAGUCGGGACCUUUGCCCUUGCUUACGCAGCACACAAAGCCGCAUCCCCGAUAAGGUUUCCACCUACAGUCGCACUGACACCUAUAGUAGCAAGUUGGAUCGGGAAGAAAGUCGGAAAGGAUGACUAGUUUUCCCAAUAAGCUGUAGUCAGCUCAUAGUAAAUAGUUAUCUCUCUACAAGGUAUCGAAACUCUAAUCUUCUAUAUAUAUAUAUAUAUGAUACCAACUGAUACAAUGGUGAUAAUCACGGUCCAAAGGUACACAGUCUUGUCAAGUUCCUUGUUUCGGAACGGUGAUUAUCUUUUCCUA